GUUUUUAGUCUGACCAUCUUGGUAAAUUUUCGUGUGGCUUCAUCGAGUUGUUUACUGCAUUCGUCGUCGACAAGAGAUUAAGGACGUCAUCAUGGGGACGGUUACUUUAGAAGAAUAUUUCAGGACUACCUUUGAGGACAAGCUCCUCGUGAAGAUGCCGGAAAGGGAAGAUGAUCAUCUCACUCCCGCAACCAGGCUCCUGGAGAAGAGACGAGAAAUGGCAGAAGUGGAACAAGCCUUAGCAGCUCAGAAAGAGGAAUUUCAAAUGAAAAUGGAAAGCUUACAACAAAGAAGAGAGGAACUUGAAAGGAAAGAAUACCAGUUGAAGGAGUCACUUUUAAAAUUUGAUAAAUUUUUGAAGGAAAAUGAUUCUAAGAGAGCAAGAGCUGUGAAAAAAGCUGAAGAUGAAAGAAAAUUGAAGUUAUCUAAAGAUACUGAGAUAGCCAAGUUUUUAGAUGAGAAGCGACAACUAGAACAGCAGAGAGAUAAAUUAGCUAAGAAGUUAUCUAAGCAUACAAUAUUCCAUCGAUAUUUAGAAAAAGUAUUAGAGACAGCUGAUGAAUUUCAUGAAAUCAGGGAGAUCAUAGCUAGAUAUGAUACCUUAGUUGCCACAAAUGAGGAUCUUAUUGAGAAGGACCAUGAAAACCAAGAAGCAGUGGAAGCAGAAAGAGCAAAACUUCAUAAAUUUACAGAGGACAGAAACAAUGAAAUUUUAGAAUUCAAUAACCAGUUAGCAAAUCUUCAAACACAGCUUGACAAAGCACAGAGUGAAGCAGUCAAGUGGGAGUCAGUAUGGACUCACAUCAAGAAUACAGCUGCCGAAAAGACUCUUGUACUUGGAAGAAUUAAAAUGGCAGCACAUAACUUGUUUAUGCUGGUAAAUAGGCAUCUUAAACAGCAACAGUUGGUGGAAGAUACAACAGAACAACUUAGCAAGAUUCAAGUUUUCAUAAUGGAUCUCACCCAGAUUACACAAGAAAUCAAGCGUGCCGAGACACUGGGUACAUCAGUGGGUGGUGGAUCAUCAAGUUAAAUAUUUCAUGAAGUUAUAUUUAUGAAAACAAAUAAUACCAAUAGUUGUUAGAUCUCUAACCUGCGUUGUGCAUUUAAGAUCUUCACAGCGCCCUCACAUCACGUCAAUGGUGUGCUUUUGUUUUUAUUCAAAAUUCAGCUAAAUACGUUUCCUUUGUUGUUUUUUUUCAUUUACGAAAUCAGUCUUUGUUUUAUUAAAAUAUAUCACAGCUUAGUUUGUGUUUUUGUUUUUGCCAAAAGUGUACAGAGAAAAAAGAAAUUUCGUUUUUGUUUUUAUUCAUAUUUGUUUUUAUAUAACCAUAUUGUGUGUGGAUAUCACCUUGC